AAUUUUGGUUUCUCAGACAACCGUACUCCGACGACUUUGUCCAGCAUCUUUCGGACCUCUCCCCGCUUUUCACGGUGGUCCGCCACCGGAGGCCGGAUUCGUCACCGCAACUAACAAGUUUGCGGCCUCUAUUAUCUGUCACCUGAACUAACUGCACGUCUCUAGAGAAAUGAACUAUAGACUCUCCGUGAGUUCAAAAACCCUACCUUCUCCUUUUCACAACCGUUUCAUUUGCUUCUUGAAUUUUCCCUUGUUCGGGCUUCUGUCCGUAAAUACAGAAUUAUACUGUGAAUGAAAUAAUCUGGAUGAACAUUCCUAGAUUUGUCAGGAGUAAUGUUCCUACACAAGUGGAUACCAAUGCUGUUAAAUUCGAUCCAAAUUUACCCGGGACAUCUAGUCGAAUAAAACGUCCCCAUACUGCUGUCACCCUAGAUAGAUGGUCUGCUACUCAUGGUCUAAGACAAGGCUCUGAAGAGAAUCGUAGCUCUAUCAGGACUCGGAUCUCGGGUCACGAACAGUCAUCAGUUGAUGAUGCAAGCCUUUGUUCAACGUCACCAGUUUGUGUGGCACCUAUAAUUCGACAAUUCUGGAAAGCUGGAGUCUACAAUGAUGAGCUUACUCCUAAGUCCACAACUCAAUCUGGUUCGAGUUAUCUGCAUAUACACCCAAGAUUUCUUCACUCUAAUGCUACUUCUCAUAAAUGGGUUUUUGGUGCUGUAGCAGAGCUUAUUGACAAUGCGGUGGAUGAGAUACAAAAUGGUGCCACCUUUGUAAUCAUAGAUAAAACUUCAAACCCAAGAAAUGGAAGUUCGGCUUUGCUAAUUCAAGAUGAUGGAAGCGGGAUGAAUCCAGAAGCAAUGCGCCGCUGUCUGAGUUUUGGAUUUUCAGAUAAGAAGUCGAUAUCAGCGAUUGGAAAAUAUGGAAAUGGCUUUAAGACCAGUUCAAUGAGGCUUGGAGCUGAUGUGAUAGUCUUUAGCCGCAACCAAUCUAACAGGACGAUGACCCAAAGCAUUGGCCUACUAUCAUAUACAUUUUUGACUCGAAUGGGCUAUAACAGAGUAGUAGUUCCGAUGGUCCACUAUGAGUUCAACACCGUUACAGGCUCGUUUGAUUCUGUACAUUCAAAAAGUAAUGAGACUUCUAACUUAAAUCUGUCUCUGAUGUUGCAAUGGUCUCCAUAUUCAACAGAAGAGGAAUUACUGAAGCAAUUCGAAGAUGUUGGGCCUCAUGGCACAAAAGUUAUCGCUUACAAUCUAUGGCUUGAUGAAGACAGGAAUAUGGAGCUUGAUUUUGAGUCUGAUCCUGAGGAUAUUCGUAUUACUCGGGAUGCACAUGGCGAAAUGAAAGAUGGUUCUCGUAAAGGAGGAAGUCACAUCGCCAACCGACUCCGUUAUUCUCUACGUGCAUACUUAUCCAUCUUGUACUUAAAGUUACCUGAAACUUUCGCGAUGAUGUUGCGUGGAAAAGUCAUCCUCUAUCAUAAUGUCGCUACAGACUUGAAGUACACAGAAUUUAUCGUGUAUAAACCUCACAUAGCGUCUACUCAGGUUGAAGGUUCGGUGCUUACAACAAUAGGGUUUAUCAAGGAAGCUCCAAACAUCAAUAUCCAUGGAUUUAAUGUUUACCACAAAAAUCGUCUGAUACUGCCAUUUUGUCCCGUGGUUAGCUUUUCUGCUAAUAGAGGGAGAGGCGUAGUUGGUGUUCUUGAAGCAAAUUUUAUCGAGCCUACUCACGAUAAACAAGAUUUUGAGAAAACUUCUCUUUUCCAAAAACUUGUUCAGCGCUUGAAAGAAAUGACAUGGGAGUAUUGGGAUUGCCAUUGUGGAUUGAUUGGCUAUCAAUUUCAAAAAAAAGGUCGUCCUCCAUCAGCCGCCCCAGGCUAUCCUAAUUUUAUUCAUCAUCAUGGUACAGAACCACCUGCUCUUUCGAGGAAAAGCGCUCCUGUUGGUUCAACUAGAAACAUGCCCAAAAUAAUUACCAUAAACAGCAGGGCCGCACUUGGCUCAAAUCCCUUUGCAAAACCAGUAGAAGCAAGCUUCCCUAGAGGUUUCCAAGAAGAAGUGUCAAACUUGAAGAGGAAAUCAAGCGAUCAACCUACAACUUUCAAAUCAGAUUUUCGGACGGAAGUUGAUUCAAAAAAAGGAUCUAAUCUGCCCGGUUUGACCAACACCCAAGAGGCGAUCUACGUGAUGCAAGAGAAUAGAAGGCUUCGGUCCCAAUGCAACGAACUUCAGAAGGCACAAGCACAACUUAAGCUCAAGGUGACACAACUUAAAAUGGAACUUGAAGCAGCCAAAGCAGAGUACGCUCAUAUGUUGGCCGAGUUGCAAUACGUAGAGAAAGUGAAGGCGGAAACAUGUAUUCACUUAAUUUAGAUGUGUAAAAAAACAUCUAUUUUUGCUUGUAAAAAAGGUAAGCAUCCUAUUUUCAUUUAGAGAGAUAGGUGCUCCAAAGGAUGGCGUAUACGGUAUACCCUUCCGAUGAAAUUAAGCUCCGUAAUUUAUAGCUAAUACUAGGAUGAUUUUUGAGCAAUCGUUAAGUGUACAUAAAAACCUUUGGACAUGUAUGAUUAGUUUGAGGAGCCCGGGGCUCUGACCGUGUGCCUGUUGAGGA